AUGGAAUUCACAACUUUAUUGUUUCUUCCCUUCACAAAACUCAUAGAAAUCUUAAGAAGAAGAGAGAUGUCAAGUCUUCCAGAGGAGAUGCAGCUAGAAAUCUAUUCAAGACUACCCGUGAAAACUGUCUUGCGGUUCAAGUGCUUGUGCAAAACUUGUUGCAGUCAUUUUGGUGAGCCUUCUUUUGUUAAAAAGCACCGUGAUCAUGCUAUUAGUAAAAAUACUUGCACUUUUAUCAUGUUGCAUUAUGAGGUUGGUGUUGGUAAAAGCAACCCAAUGUACUCAGUGGAGUAUAAUUCAUUAUCUUCAAAAUUAUCAUCUGGAGCACAUAACCCUCUUAGCGAGGCUGUUGAGAUGGAUUACCCAAUCAUGCCUUCAGAUUCUUUUGAAAUUUUGGGUUCUUGUGAUGGUUUGCUUUGCUUAUUAGACACUAGUGACCCAACUAGUCAGAAUGACAUUUUCCUAUGGAAUCCAUCUACUAGGGAAUACAAGAAGAUACCUGUUCCACCAAAUUUCGAAGACAGUAGUACUAUUGAUGGCUUGUACGGGUUCGGUUAUGACGACAGCAUUGAUGAUUUUAAAUUGGUAAGAGUUGCCGAAAUUUAUGAUUCUGAUUCUUCUGAUGAUGGGUCUGGGUUUGGAUCUGGCUUUGGGAUUUGGUCUGCAGUUGAUAUCUAUACAUUAGGGUCAAACUCAUGGAGAUCCUGUGAAUGUCAUGAGAUGCCUUACUAG